CUGCUGGCCAUGUCUGGUGGUAUUCCUCCGUAAGCAAUUUUAUCCUUGUACGGCAACGGUCUGCUUGAGAAUUUAUCCGUUGCGCCGUGCCGGGUCAUCUUGUUUGUGCCGGCAGGAAUUGACUGGUGAUCCAUGGAUGAAAUGAAAACACCCUGUAGCAACGGAAAAGAGAGCACCAGCAGGGGCAGAGAAAUCUAGAGAGAGAAAGGGAUGGAGAGCGUUCGCUGACGACGAUGGCCGCGACAGGGACGUCGCUGGAGAAGAAGAGAGAGCAUCCCGUUCGUUGAGCCGUCGCCGUCGCCGCGCUCCCACCAACCACUACUAAAACCCACAACCCCUUCGCUUCGCAUCCAAACAUCCAUCCAUCCAUCCUCGGUCGUCUAGCAUUUGCGUUCGCGCGCGCACGACGCAUCACUCGCCAGUACUGGCAAUGCCGGGCUCCGGUGGCACGAGCAGCCCGGCGUCGCCGGCGGGCGGCGGCGUGGAGAGGAGGGGACGGAAGGGCGGCGGCGGCGGGAGGCGGCCGGCCUACCGCGGCGUGCGGAUGCGGGCGUGGGGGAAGUGGGUGUCGGAGAUCCGCGAGCCGCGCAAGAAGUCCCGCAUCUGGCUGGGCACCUUCCCGACGGCCGAGAUGGCGGCGCGCGCGCACGACUCCGCCGCGCUGGUCGUCAAGGGCCCCGCCGCGGUGCUCAACUUCCCGGAGAUCGCCGCGUCGCUGCCGCGCCCGGCCUCCGCCGCGCCGCGCGACGUGCAGGCCGCGGCCGCGCGCGCCGCCGCCAUGGACGUGGGCGCGGCGGCCGCCGCGGCAGUGCCACCCGGGGCGCCUCAGGAGGAGGCGCCGCGGCCGUCGCCCCAGCAGCAGGUGCCGGGCCAGGGACGGGCCCUGGAGGCGGCCGACCCGGACGAGGAGGAGCUCGAGGAGAUCGUGGAGCUGCCGGCGAUCGACGAGGACGUCCUGGAGGCGGUGGACGACAUGUUCUGGACGACGACGGCCUCGUUCCACCACGACUCCGCCGCCGCCGACGCCGACCCGUGGUAUGAGCCGGCGGCCGCGUGGAUGAUGAACGCGGCCGGCAUUGCGGCGCACGUCGACGACGACAUGCCGCCGGUCGUGCCCGGGCUCGCCGCCGACCAGCUCUGGGCGCCGCAGCCGGACGGCAUCGUGUCGUCGGGGCUCGGCGCGCUCCUGUGGAACCUGUAGCACCCAAUCCAUGUCUCCGAUCACCCCCUCCGAUCCUCUUCUAGAACGCUUGUGAAUAGCCCCAGAAAGCAUUUGCCCGGCCCGAUCGACGCCUCAACCGCCCCCCGCCAUUGGUGCGCAUGUGACAUGGCUGAUGAGCUCCACCGGCAAGCAUGUGGACGUAUAAAUCUCGAUCCCUUUCACCUUUAUUUUCCCCGGCCGGACGGCCGGCCCUUGCUAGCUAGCUAGUCUGAGGAUGCAUGCCCAUGAGGCCAUGACAAGGGCAGUCUCAGAGAGACAGGUAGGCGGUUGUGGGAGAACGACGCGUUCGCCGGAGGCCAGAGGCUGCCCCGCCGGAGGCGUCCGUCCUCCGACGAGCCGUGCGUUCCUGGCAUGCCCUGUCGCGCAGCCGUCCGGUUAGUUCGUGUCUACCAUUCUAUAGAUACCAAAUGCAUCGGUCGAAACAUACCAACGACAGACAGAUCGCAUUGAUGGGUGCUUGGUUUCGAUCGUGUGAGCUUAUGGUGUUUCCAAUUAAUUAUGCAGUAUGGUCAAGAUUUAAGAUGGAUGAUGCUGCUGCCAAGCCAAUGUUAAACUAUGAUCAGCGUGCUAAUUGAGAAUUAUUUGAGAUC